AUAGUAGGAAUUUUUUCACUCUUUCAAUUUCUUAGCUAUACCUGUUAGUUCUUUAUAAUAUUAAUAUUAAUACUAAUACUUUAUAGUGUAUAUUACUAGUUCAAGUUCAUCAUGUUCAUUACUAAUCCUCACGUCGGCGACAGAUCCCGUAUGGAAGACUGGAGAGUUCGUGGUUAUGAUCCUUUAACUCCUCCUGAUUUAUUACAACAUGAGAUUCAAUUAACUGAAGAAUCUCAAAAAGUGAUUUUAAAAGGUAGAGAUGAUGCUGUUAGUAUUUUAAAUGGUAAAGAUGAUAGAUUAAUUAUAGUUAUUGGACCAUGUUCAAUCCAUGAUCCUGAAGCUGCUAAAGAUUAUGCUAAUAGAUUAUAUGAAGAAUCUGAAAAACAUAAAGGUGAAUUACUUAUUGUUAUGAGAGCUUAUUUAGAAAAGCCAAGAACAACUGUUGGUUGGAAAGGAUUAAUUAAUGAUCCAGAAAUUGAUGGAUCUUUUCAAAUAAAUAAAGGGUUAAGAAUCGCUAGAAAAUUAUUUGUUGAAUUAACUUCAAAAUUACCAAUUGCUGGAGAAAUGUUAGAUACUAUUUCUCCUCAAUUUUUAUCGGAUUUAUUUUCUGUUGGAGCUAUUGGAGCUAGAACUACUGAAUCUCAAUUACAUAGAGAAUUAGCUUCUGGUUUAUCAUUCCCAGUUGGUUUUAAAAAUGGUACUGAUGGUACUUUAGGAGUUUCUGUUGAUGCUAUGAGAGCUGCUUCUCAUCCUCAUCAUUUCCUUUCAGUUACUAAACCAGGUAUUGUAGCUAUUGUUGGUACUGAAGGUAAUAAAGAUACUUUUGUUAUUUUAAGAGGAGGUAAAAAGGGAACUAAUUAUGAUGCUAAAUCAGUAAUUGAAACUCAAGAACAAUUAAUUAAAAGUAAAAUUGUUACUGAAGAAAAUCCAGGUCCAAGAAUUAUGGUUGAUUGUUCUCAUGGUAAUUCUAAUAAAGAUCAUAGAAAUCAACCUAUAGUUGCCGCUGAUGUUGCUGAACAAAUAUCCAAUGGAUCUACUGCCAUUUGUGGUUUAAUGAUUGAAUCUCAUAUUAAUGAAGGUAGACAAGAUGUUCCACCAAUUGAACAAGGUGGUAAAGAUGCUUUGAAAUAUGGUUGUUCAAUCACUGAUGCUUGUAUUGGAUGGGAAAGUACUGUAGAUGUAUUGGAUGUGUUAGCCAAAGCCGUCAAGACCAGAAGAGCCUUACAAAAGUAACCAAAACAUAAACAAACAUAAAAAUAAAAAUAAUAAUAAAAAUAUAGGGAUUAUAAAAAAAAGUCUGAAAAAUGUAUAACAACUAUUAUUUAUAAUUUAAGUAAGGAUCCACUAUUGGAUGAUGAUGUCAUCUAUCUAUGAUCCAUGUUCUCUUUAUCUAUUUAUCUGUAUAUAUGAAAUAAUAUUACUAGUAUAUGUUGCAGCCAUUGUACAUAAUUCCGUGCGCAUCCCAAUGCGGUAAUAAUAUCGCAUCUCCCGCUUUACUAUGGCCAAUAUAGUAUAUAUAGUAUAAUAGUGAAU